AUGUGGAAUCGAAAUGUAAUCAGGAAAUUAAUACGAUAUGGUAGUGGUGGUGGAGUGUUAACAACUGCUGCUGCUGCUGCUGCUGCAUUAGCAGGAUUUGUUGGUUAUGAUGAAAAUACUGGUAUAAUCAAAUCAUUGAAACAUUCAAAUAUGAGCAAGUGGCAAGUGGAAGGACCUUUAAAGCAUCCUACUGAUGGAGCAUUAAUUGCUAAACGGAUUGUGAGUGAUUAUGAUCAUACGGAUUUGAAGUUAAGACUUUAUCAAUAUGAAGCAUGUCCAUUUUGUUGCAAAGUUCGUGCUUUCUUGAAUUAUUAUGGUUUUUCGUAUGAUGUGGUUGAAGUUAGUCCAUUAACUCGAAAAGAAAUCAAAAAUUGGAUGGUGUUAGCAAGCUACCAACUGUAA